GGAGAGGGUUGUGAUUUUGUUGAUAAGCGGAGGGUAUAUUUUAGUUACCUUUCUCUCUCCCGCUCUCACCAAAUCUUUGAUGCAGGAACCUUUUCCAUGUUCUGCUCUGCUAAACCCUAAAAAAAACCCCACAAUCACUAAUUCAACGCUCUUCUUUGUACGCUAUUUCUCUUUUCGACAUUUCCAACUGUCACCUAGGAUUCUCCAAUUCUUUGUUUUGGCCGUUAAUUCUACAUCAUACGCCUUCACUGUUUGGUCACAUAAACAGUGUACUGGGUUUGAGAGAUUGAUUUGAGCUCAUGUUUUGAAUGGCUCCAAAUUGCUGAUUCUUGUUUGUAAAGCAUAAAUCUGACAAUGGAGAGCUUUGCUGUUAUGGAGGGUGGUGAAAGGAUUUAUGACAAUGGUAAAGAAGACGAGAGCCUUGGUGAUCAUAUACUUGAGGAGAUGGAGUCCUUUUUGGUCGACAUUGAUGAGCGGUUGAUCAUCUCUAGGAUGGUGAGUGACUCCGUGAUAAAGGGCAUGGUUAAUGCUGUUGAAGAACAGGCAGCUGAGAGAAUUGCUCAGAAAGAAUUGGAGGUGGUUGGGCUAAAGAAUAUGCUACAUGACUGCCGUGUGGGUUCAGACGAAGCUAAAACUUUGUGGUCUUCGGUAAAUCAUCAUGAACCCCAUGAAGCUGCUACAUAUCAUUUUUCAGACAGUGGUUUAGAGUUUGAUAGGCAUAUGAUGUCUGUAGAUAGUCUUCACAUUGCAGUAAAUGAGCAGUUAAAUCAACUCAAGAAAGAAAUAAAUAAAAUUAGAGGGCCUAGUUCCAUUAGAAGAAUUAGUUCAGGUUCUGAUUUGGUGGGUUUAAGUGGUAUUCUACAGGAGGAUAUGCCGGAAAAAUGGAUUUAUGUCGAUAAAGCUUUUGAAAGUCUAAAAGAUACCCUAGACACUUUCUGCAGAAGAAUGGAAUUUGUGGAUCAGUUAUCAAAGAUAUCACUUUCUGAAUGGCAGCAGGAGCAGGAGUUUCAAUCGGAAAUUGAACGGAUGGUAAUCAGCUAUGGUAUCUGGAGUUUGCAGCAGGACUGUGAACAGAAACUAUGGAAUCUGUAUGAUUCUGAAAGUAGAAAUUGUUUUGACCAAUAUAAAGAGAUCUCUAGUUUGCGUCAGGAAUUGGAUUCAAUUUUUAAAACACUAUCUACUUCUGAAACUGGGCAGCUUAUUUCUCUUGGAUCCUUGGAGAAUGCUGAGGAAUGGUGUCAUAAUAAGAGGGCUGAUCAUUUCCACGUGAAGCUUUCAACAGAUCAUUUACCACCUUCAACUAUGGAAGAAAAUGGCAAACAGGAGGACUCAAAGAUUAUCAAGCCUGAGAAUUUGGAUUCAGCCUCACUAAAGCACUUGUCUAAAGAAGAAUUGGUUACUUAUAUAACUAAAAUGAGAAGAAACCAUGAAUCUCAGGUGCAAGAGAAGACUGAAGAGAAUUUUCGCCUUAGGCGGGAACUAUUGAAUUUGAAAGAAAGAGGUUCUUCUUUCCCAUUGAAGAAGGACAAGGAGUUUGAACUGUUGAAGAAAAAAAUCCCUGAUGUCAUUGCGAAGUUGAAUCAAAUUCUUGUUGGAACUGAUAAAGUGCAUCAAUUCAGGGAAAACAUUGAAUCUCUUAGCAGUUUAAAGGAUAGAUUGGAUUUCUUACACUCUGAGAACCACCAACUGAAGGACAUGCUAGCAGAUAAGAAGAAGGAAUUAAAGACUCAAUCUUCUCAGCUUUCUGCUGCUUUAGAAAAAUUGUCACAGCAACAACUGACUGAGAAAAAUUUGUUACAUACUAUUCAGAAGCUUGAGGUUGAUGUGGAGGAUGCACAUACCGAAGUUUCCAUUAUUCAAGAUGUAUAUAAAUGUCUCUUUGAAGAUUUUGCAAGUGAGUUUAGAUGCAUCACGGAAGAAUCACAUCUGAAGAAUAGUUUUAUGCAAGAAAUGUAUGAGGUAAUAUUCAAAGAAGCUGCCCACAAUGCUCAAGCAUCUAGUGGGUUGGGAAAUGAGGAAGCAGAAAUGGAGUUAACGAUGAUGCAAGGACUAUUGGAUAUCAAUCAUAUAUUAUUUAAAGAAACUUUGGUGAAUGCAGAUGAAGCCUUAAAGUUGGAAGCUGCUGAGAAAGAGAAACUAAAAUAUGAAUUGCUUACGUUGAAGUCAGUAUUGGAAGAGAAGGAAAUGUUAAUACAAGGAGCAGCUGAUGCUUUGGCUCAAGAGAAAGAGAAAAUGGAAUUUACCUCUGAGCAGCUCAAUAGUUUAGGAGCUGAGAUAGUUCAGCAACAUAAAUUAAUAGCAGAGAACAGUAAAGAAUUGGAUAUCACUAAGGGUGACCUGGUUGCAGCAUUGAAGGAAAUUGAACAAUACAAGGAGCAAAUGCAUGAGUUGAGUAAAAAUCUUGAACAAAGAAUGGAUGUGCUUAGACAAACUGAUGAAGAAAGAAGAGUACUUUCUGCUCUUACACAAAAGCAACAAGAAGCAUUAAAACUGACUGAGGCUAAAGAAAGGGAAAACAGGAAGCAAAUGGAAUCGACUGUUUAUCUCAUCCAUAAAUUGUUGAAGAUGGUUACUGAUUUUGAAGCUAGAGUAAAUGAAGAUAUUUCAAGAAAUUGUAUGAGGCUUGAAAGCAUGAAUUCUGAGUUCUGUUGGCUCAAUAACAAAGCCAAUGUACUUAAAUCCAUGGGAUUGAAGUACAAACAAAGGCUAGAAGCAAGAUGUUCAGAUCUUGCCAAGGCUGAAGCAGAGGUUGAUCUUUUGGGGGAUGAGGUAGAUACUCUUCUUAGCCUCCUUGAAAAAAUAUACAUUGCGCUUGACCAUUAUUCACCCAUACUACAGCAUUACCCUGGGAUUAUUGAGAUUUUGGAGCUUGUACGAAGAGAACUGAGUGGAGAGUGUAGAAAAUUUGUUUAGUUUGUAUGUUCUGGCCAGGUAAAUUGGCAAUCACCCUCUUGACAAAAAUUGUAUCUUUCCAUGCUCUGGAUUGGUAAAACCCAGAAGCAUUGAUAAGGAAAUCAUCAUCUGCAAGCUCCCACAUGAUCAUUUAUGAACCACUAGAUAUGGAAAAUUGCAAGUCACUUUUUAGGGGGAAUCAUCAUGGUGUUAAUUGGUUCAUUUUUUCAUCUUUACAUCAGCUUCAUCUAUAGAGAGAUCAGAGAUGUUAGAGUUCUGGUAGUUGCACUUUUUUUUUAAUUUAUGCUUGGGGGUUAUCUUCUCAUAUCUAUUUAUGCAGAACAGUGGCAAUGUUAUUGCAUAAAUAUUUUAGCCCAUACUUUCUUCUUUUGAAUUACAAUACGAGGGGCUAUGUGCAAAUUAAUCCACUUGUACAUGGGCUAAUAGCAUUUGUACAUGUAUUUUAUGAGAUAUGACUUUCUAUAUGGCUUAUUGAUAUAGUUUUGCUCUAUAGGCAGUGUACGAUAUUCUUUAGCAUUCAGUGAAUUGUGUUUAAAAUGGUCACCAUUAUUGUGUUUUGUUUAUAUACUACACGUGUGCUGCUAGAAUUACUGAUCUUUGUGACAUCUGGAGCCAAAGUGGUUGAUGCACCUGUUAUGUAAUGUAAUGUACAUGCAGGGAUGAAAUUCAAUAAUUUUUCCUUGUCUGAGUUUCAAUUUUAUUUUUGCCUAAAUUUU